AUGAUGAGUAUAAACCAUGAUUUUUUAUCUGGAAAUUUUCUAGGAUAUCCUUUAGAAGAAAACACAUUAUUGAGUCACCAAAAUUUUAAUUUAAAGAAAUAUAAAAUAAAUCCUUUAAAAAAUAACAUUUUUAAUAACAACGAAGAUUUGUUGAAAGAAUUAGACGAACUAAGAGAAUAUAAAAAAAUAAUUAACCAAAAAAUUAAAAGAUAUGAGAAUAUUAUAUAUUCGUACAAGAAUCAAAUACGUAAUUUAAAAAAAAACAUGUUAAAUGGGGGAGAAGUAAAUAUACAACUUAUAAAUAUAUUUGUUAAUACUAUAUGUGACAUAAUUGAAUAUCUGUGUACUGACAUAAACAAGCCUGUUUUAUCUACCCUUCCAUUUAUUCAUACCAUAAUAAAUUCAGCUCCACUAAGGGAUAAAAAAAUAUAUCAAUGUUCAAAAUUAAUACAUAUAACAUUGACACAAAUAAAUAAUGAAAAUAAAAUUAAUGAUAAAGAAAAAAGUAUUCAAGAAGAAGAGGAUCAAUUUUAUCAAUUUAGCCCUCAUAAAUUACAAGAUUUAGAAUGGCUAGCUUCUGAAACAAAUGAUAAGGGAUGGCUAACAGUUGGUGAUAGAUGGGAAUUGUGCAAGAGAGAUUUAAAAUGGUUGUGUGUAAAGACAAAUAAUAGAUCAUGGUUAUUACAUCGUCAUAUGUGGGAAAAUAGUUCUAAUGACUUAAAAUAUAUAUCUGUAUUAUUUGACGAUAAAAAAUGGCUAAAUUUAUAUAAAAUAUGGAAAUUUGUUCCAUUAAGCGUUAAAUUAAGAGCUAUUUCAUUAAAAGAUCCAAGUAUUUGUAAACCAUCAUUAAAUGAAAUUAUGUUAAAAGACGAUGAUAUUUACAAAAUUAACAUGUUAGAAUUAAAUUCAGACAUAUCAGAUCUUUUAAAGAGGAAUUAUUUAAAAUAUAAGUUAAAUGAUAAAAUGAGUGAUUCUUUAAGGGAUAAUUCUUAUGAAUUUGAAAAUUAUAUUGAUAAAAACGAAAAUGAUCUUUUAACAUACAGAAAAAUUAAACAAAGGGAAGAUAUUUUGGAAAAAUCAUUAGAAUAUAAUUCAUGUAAUACAAAAGAAGAAAAUAUUCUUGAGGGAAAUGAAAAUAGGCUAAUUUCUAAUUUUUUACCAAGAGAAUACAUAAAAAAUGAGAAAAGUUCAAGAAAUAAAUUAUUAAAUUCAAAAAAUGUAGAAAGUGAAAAAGUUAAUACACUAAAACAAGAACCUUUGACUAAAGUAUUGAAAAAAAUACCAAUUUCAGUAUUAAAAAAUGAAAAUACAAAAAAUAAUGAGAUUCAAAAAAGUAAAAAUAUUUUACCAAAGUCUUUCAUUAAACAUGAGGAAAAUAAUGUAAACAAAAAAAAUUCUAUUAUAAUUAAAACGACUAAAGGUAUCAUUGAUAAUAAAAGUAUAAUUAAUAAAGAAGUAAUGAAAGGUUUACAAGAAACAAAAGUGAAACUAGAAUUAUUUAAAGAAGGUUUUAGUGCAAAACAAAUUAUUUUAAAAAAAAUUCCUCAAAAUAUAACUGAUAAAAGUCUAUUUAAUAAAGAAAAUGUAGAAAAAAAUAAUGAAAAAGUUAUGGAAAUAAAAGAAUUUCUUAAACAAAAUUCAAACCAAAAAAUUCAAGAAAACAAAACAACUAAUAAUAAAGAACACAAAUUAAAUAAUGAUAAAAAAGAAAAAGAAAUAAUUAAUAAUAUAAAACAGAAAUGUGUAAUACCAGAGAAAAAUAUUUUAAAUAAUAUAAAAAAAGAGAAUAUGACAAUAAAGUUACCUCAAAGUGGAUCAAAUUUAUUAGAGAAGAAAGAAAUUGAAAACAAAAAAGAAUUUAUUAUUCCCAAAACAGUUAUACCUACAAAAAUUGCAGCUCCACUAAGCAUUUUACCAAAAAUAAAAGAAGAAAAUUUAAAGAAAAAUCUUAUUAUACCUAAAUUAGAUUCUUCUAAAGAAAAAAUGCUUAUGUUAAAUAAAAAUAAUAAUUUUCAUGCAAAAGACGCAGAUGUUAUAAAUGAAAAGUCUCUUGAGAAUAAAAAUAAAAAUAUUAUUUCAAAAACAAGUAUACCUAAAAAAAUUGCGGCUCCACUAAGCAUUUUACCAAAAAUAAAAGAAGAAAAUUCAAAAAAAUUUCCUAUUAUAUUAAAAAAAAAUUCUUCUAAAGAAAAUCUGCUUAACAUAAAUAAAAAUGGUAGCAGUGAAACAAAUCAAUCAAGUUGCAUUUUGAAUGAAAAUGAUUCUAAGAAUGAAAAUGUAAUUAAUAUAACAUGUGAUUCCCAAAAUACAAAUCCUAAUGAUUUAAAAACUAUCAAAAGAAAAGAAUCAAUCUUAAGAACACACGCUUUUAUAAAUAAUGAAAAGGAAAUUAAAAUUAACACACCAAAUAAGACAGAGGAUCCAAAAAAGGAACCUCAAAGUGCAGUUACCAAUUAUUUCACAGAUUUAUUUAAUGCGUUUAAUUUUGUUACUAAAAAGGAAGAUGAUGAAAUACCAGAUGAAAAUGAGCAUAAUAAAGUAGAAACAGAAGAGAAUAGAGAAAAUGAAAAUCAAAAAGAUUUAAAUGAAGAAAAUUUAAAAAAUGAAACAAAAAAUUCAGAUGAAGAAGAAAACUCGGUAAUGGACAAAAAAAAUUUAACGAAAGAAGGAAAUAAAUCAGAAGAAAAAAAAGAUAUGAUGGAUGAAAAAAAAAAUUCAUUGAAAGAAGAAAAAUUUUUAGAGAAAGAAGAUGGUAACUCCAAAUUGAAAAGAAAACAUACAAAGGUAAAAAAAAAAGGUUCAAAGGAAAAAGAACAUGAUAAAAACAAAAAAAAUAUACAUUCAGAAGAAAUGGACUCAAGGAAGAAAGAAGAACACUCAGAUAAGGAUGCAAGAGAAAAGGAACAUCUAAAUGAAAAAAUAAAAUGUUCAGAGGAAGAGAAAGAUUCAAGGGAAAAAAUAACAGAUUUAGAAAUCAAAGAAAAAUAUAUAAAGGAUAACGAAAAAGAAUGUUUAAAUAAAAUGGAAAAAGAUUUAAAAGAAGUGGAAAAUUUAAAGGAAGAAGUAAAAGAUUUAGGAAAAGUCGAAAAAGAAUUAAAACAAAAAAAAAAAAAAUCAAAAGAAAAAGAUUCAAAGGAAAGAACAACUUCAGAAGAAAAAGAAGAUUUAAAUAAAAAAAAAAAAGAUUCAAAAAAAGAAAGAAAUUUAGAAGAAGUAAAGGAAGAUUUAGAUGAAAAAAAAAAAGAUUUAAAGGAAAGAGCAACUUUAGAAGUAAAGGAGGAUUUGAAUGAAAAAAAAAAAGAUUUAAAGGAAAGAACAACUUCAGAAAUAAAGGAAGAUUUAGAUGAAAAAAAAAAAGAUUUAAAGGAAAGAACAACUUCAGAAAUAAAGGAGGAUUUGGAUGAAAAAAAAAAAGAUUCAAAAAAAGAAAGAAAUUUAGAAGAAGUAGGAGAUUUAGUUAAAAAAAAAAAUAAGAAAGACGAAGAAAAAAAUUUAGAAGAAAAAGAUUAUUUAGAUAAAAAAAAAGAAGAUUUAAAGGAAAAAAAAAAAACAAAUGAAAAAAUACUAAAAAGGGAAAGCCGUGAUGAUAGUAAUGAACUAAAAAUAAAGCUUAAAAGUAUUAAAUCUUUAAGAAAUUUAAAUUCAAAUAAAUACUCUAUAAAAAGUAACUUACAAGGGUAUUCAAAUAAAGGAAAACUAUUAAAAAAUGAGAACUUUCCUAAUUUAGAAAAAAAAAUAGAAAAUAAUAAGAAUAUUUCUGUAGGUAUAGAAAAAGAGGGAAACAAUAAAAUUUUAGAUGAAACAUAUUUAGAAUCAAAAAUAAGUGAUCAAAAAAAUAAAUCUAUGUUUUUAGAAAAACCUUCAGUAAAAUUCACAAAAAACAAGCCUAGUAGCAUUUUACAGAAAUUACUAGAUUCUGAUUUAUCUGAUUUUGAUUCUUCUAGUAAAAAAAUGACAGCUGAAGAAAUUGCAAAACACACAAAUGCUUCACUUCAAAUAUCUGUGAAGAGGAAAGCUUCAUUAUCUUCCAUAAAGGUUAAAUCAAAACUAAUGCCAAAACCAAAACCAUUAUUUAAUUUAUAA